AUGGGGUUCGUGCCGGAAUCUCCGUCGAGCUUCUAUAUUUCAUUUGGUCUGAACAACCUUGUUGCUCAAGAGACACGGGUCGAGAUCAAACCGACGGGCUCCCCGGAUGACUCUCUGAUGAGCUCAAAUAGCCCAACAGAACGGCUGAAGAACCAGGUCUGGCCAGCGUUGAAAAAGGGAAUAUCGAAUAGUCUAGCAGAAGGCACUAAAAUACCGCGCAAGCGUCACGAUAACCAGCCGUCAAAUGCAGUACUGCCAUCCGUUACCUUCCAGCCGAAGCAGUUGAAGAAAGCAGCAAGCGGAUCGUUGUCUGAAAGGCGGGAUAUUGCUCUGGCAGAGUUGGGCAUUAUCCCAAUGCCGUUGGGUCUGGGGCCUCGGAUGGACUCACCUACUAUCCCCGGAAGAAUUCCCGUUCACGGAAGAUCGAAUAGUGCACCAGGAUCGUCCGCCAACCAGACACCUUUCGCAAGGUCGAUCCAGGAGCCUAUCUCAGAACCACUGAUACUCUUCUCAAAAACAGAUCUUGAUAUCAAAAAGUCUCUUGCCAAAAUUGAAGAGCUACAGGAUACUCCCGGAAGCCAAUCUGCACCCGAGAGUGUGCCACCAUGCGACCUAAAAGAAACCUCAUUCCUCUCGAAUAACGAAGUUUCAGAAGUUCAGGAAGAAGACAAACCACCAGCAGUACCACCCAAGUCGCCCCGUCUAAUCAAUCGUGCAAUGAUGCCCCUACCAAAUAUAGUCGAGGCGCGUCUAAUCGCACCGAAAGCUAGUGACAGCAGCCUGCGGCCCCGAGCCUCAACGGCGAUAGAAAUCCGGCCACGUCGGCACAUCGUGGAAUUGCAUCGUCGCAAUGAAAGCACUCCAGUUGCUACAGUACCAAAGAUCCAGAUAUCAAAACCCAGCCAAAGGAUGGCCAAACUCAAACAUGAGGCGGGCGAAUCAGCACUGCAAAGCCAAGAUCGCUCAAAGAGGAGGCGUAGCCUGCUUGGAGCUGGAGUUAGAACAUCCAAGUCAUUCGUCGUGACUGAGAAAACCAAGUUUACUCAGUUACCUGUUGGGUUCAAUCUGCCAGAUGCAAAGUCACAAUUCACAUCAUCCGACGUUGAGAAACUGCGCGACCAGGCCCAGACCCAAGCUGAGAAAUUCAAGGUUCUGCAAUACCAGGAGGUAAAAUCAUUAUCAAAGGAGCUUCGAUACCUCGAUGCCCGUUGCGAUUACCUCCAAACCACAACCAAAGCACUCCGUGCUAGACGUAACCGCCUCCACGAGAGAGUGAUAGCCGAGCUCCGCUCCUCCCGAUCAGCCAGCAUCUCGCGCCAGAAUAUAUUAGAACAGGAAGAAGCCUUGGGACAACUCGACAAGUCAAUUGAUGAGUGGAUAGCCAAACUCGAGCGAGUCGACAAUAGGAGGACCCGGGUUCGGCAAAUGCUUCUGGAACAUAUCGCUGCCUCUCUUAUACUGUCUGCCUCUUAUGAGAAUCUGAGUUCAAAGCAGGAUGUUCCAGCCAUUCAAAAUGAGGUCGAGGUCGAAGUCAGCGCCCUCGACAUCCAGUUUGAUGAGGUUGCUAGCGUGGCCCGCGAGUCGAUCAAGAUAUACGCAGAUUAUGGUGUAUAUGGCGACGGCGAAAUGGCGGAUUUACUUGCUGAUAUUGAGCGGCAAAUGGAAACGAUGACUGGUUCUCGCCGACCUCCUUCGUUUUCAGAGCAUAGUAUAGUGGCUUAG